AUGCCCAAAUUCGUCCCCCGUCAGCGAAAGCAAAAGCACCGGCGCCAGGAGCCCACUGAUUCGGUCGACACCAACGCUGCGGAGCUAGCGCCCGUCUCAAAAGAUGAAAAAGAGGCUCGGAGACAGAAGCUGCGUGACGAGCUUCGAGAUCAGCAUACCAAUGUCUCGUCAAAGAAGCAGAAGCGCUUAGAUAAGUAUAUUGAUAACAAACUCAAGAAAGAAGAGAACAUCGAACUCCUCAAGAAACUCGCCCAGUCGAAAUCCGAUAACAGCGGUCUGCAAAGCUUCAGAGAUCUGGGUGGUAAGCGGAAGCGUCAAGAGCACGAGGGCGUCACCGAACCUGUUGUUGCAGUGCAACCACGGAAAAACACCGCCGCUCAAGAUCAAUCGGGAUACGAGACAGACGAUUCUGAUCGCGACCUGAAAGCAUCCGACCCUGCUACGGAUCCCGAGCAGGCCCCCAAAACCCCAGGCACCUGUUGGAAGCGGACUGAAACUGUGCAGGAACCUUCUUGGGAGGGAUUCGGGUCAGGCGAGGAGGAUUCGGCUGAGGAAGAUGAAGAUGCGGAGGAUUCCGAUGACUCGGGAAGCGACAUUGAGGACGACUCGGAGGGUGAGGAUGAGGAUGAGGAUGAGGAUGACUCUUCUGAAGGCUCCUCCGAGGGAACUUCGGACGAGGACGAGGACGAGGACGAAGAAGACUCGGAGGAUGAGAGUGAGGAUGUUCCCCGCAAAAUUAAACCAAGACAGUCCGCCUUCAAAUCUUGGGCUACGCAACAAAUCAACGAAGCCAUAGGCUUCAAACCAGAGGAACCUACGAUCAACGAUUAUGCACAGCAGCAGGCAUUUGCUCCUACCAGUAAGGAAGCAAAGAACACUGUCUAUGAGGAAGAGCCCCUUCCAGAGGAACUCAAAGUCACCAAGGGUGACCCCUAUCGCAAGGCUUUCAGCGUCCCCGUUGAUCGCUCUGAAGAGAUUCAAAAUGCGCGUAUGGGUCUUCCAGUUGUUGGCGAAGAACAGAAAAUCAUGGAGGCAAUCCACAACAACUCAACCAUCGUUAUCUGGGGUGCUACUGGUAGCGGAAAAACGACUCAACUGCCUCAAUUCCUAUUUGAAUCCGGAUACGGCAAUCCGAAUAGUCCCAAUCCCGGCUUAAUCGGCAUCACUCAACCUCGCCGAGUCGCCGCCGUGAGUAUGGCGAACCGUGUGGCCCAGGAACUUGGCCAGUAUUCCGAUCAAGUUUCCUAUCAAAUUCGAUUCGAAUCCACGACUUCCAAGAAGACCGCCAUCAAGUUCAUGACUGAUGGUAUUCUUCUUCGCGAGAUUGCAGAUGAUUUUUCACUCCGCAAGUAUUCCGUCAUCAUCAUCGAUGAGGCGCACGAGCGGAGUGUCAAUACCGACAUUCUCAUCGGAAUGGUCAGUCGUAUCGUGGACUUGCGCAAGUCGCUGAUGGCAGAAGAUCCGACAGUCACUCCGCUGAAGAUCGUCAUCAUGUCUGCUACUCUGCGUAUUUCUGAUUUCACACAAAAUGCAGCCCUUUUCCGACAAGGACCACCUCCAUUGGUUCAGGCAGAGGGCCGCCAGUACCCAGUUACUACCCACUUUUCCCGUCGCACGCACCGUGAUUACGUCGAAGAAGCAUUCCGCAAGGUCUCGCGAGGUCACCGCAAGCUGCCACCCGGUGGAAUGCUUGUGUUUUUGACUGGACAAAACGAGAUCCGGCAGCUCUCCAAGCAGCUGAAACAGGCAUUCAGGCCUACACAGCGAGCGGACACGACCCAGGCACGGGUGCAGAUUACAGCGAACGAUGCACCUCUAGAAGCAGAGGAUCUAGAACUGGGUGGCACAGAGAUGGAUAAUGCCGGCGAUGACGAUGAAAGUGAUGUGGAAAUUACCGGCUUGGACGAGCCAGAAGAUGAAGAUGAAGGCUUCGACUUGGGCGAGGAUGCCAUGGAUUCAUCCACACGCGUCCAUGUUCUGCCCCUAUAUUCGCAGCUUCCCACAAAGGAGCAAAUGAAGGUCUUCGAAGCACCACCAGAGGACUCUCGACUCAUCAUUUUGGCUACCAAUGUUGCCGAAACUUCUCUGACUAUCCCUGGAAUCAAGUACGUCUUCGACUGCGGUCGUUCAAAGGAGAAACAGUACGAUCUCUUUACCGGUGUUCAGAGCUUCCAGAUCGGAUGGAUCAGUAAGGCCAGUGCGAAUCAAAGAGCCGGUCGAGCCGGUCGUACUGGACCGGGCCAUUGCUACCGGAUGUACUCGUCGGCUGUCUUCGAAAACGAUUUCGAUGAGUACACCGACCCAGAGAUCCUUCGCACUCCCAUCGAAGGCGUCGUUCUUCAAAUGAAGAGCAUGGGCCUACACAACGUCAUCAACUUCCCCUUCCCCACCCCUCCAAGUCGCCAGGGUCUCGCCAAGGCAGAGAAGCUACUGAAGCACCUCGGUGCCCUCUCUGCCGAAGGCCAGGUCACGCAAAUUGGUCGCCGUCUAUCUACCUACCCCCUCUCCCCUCGAUUCGGCAAGAUGCUCUACAUCGGACACCAGCAUGGCUGCAUGCCCUACGUUAUUGCACUAGUCGCUGCGCUGGCCGUUGGCGAUCUCUUCAUUACAGAAAACCAAGUGAACCCGAUCGACACCCAGCCGCAGAAAAAGAAGAAUGAUGACAGCGAUAGUGACAGCGACGAGGAUGACAGAAAGGUAUACACCAACGCAGACCGACUCGAAGACACAGAGCGCGAGCAAAAAGCAAAAGACUACGCCCGCGUACACCGUCUCCUAAGCAAACACGACGAAACCUCCGACGCACUCAAAUCCCUCUCAGCAAUCUGCGCCUACGCCUACGCCUCAGACGGCGAAGCCUUCAGCGAACAGAUGUUCCUCCGCGCCAAGGCCUUCAAGGAAGCAACUCAGCUCCGCCGCCAAUUAACCGACAUCGUACGAUCCAAUAACCCAGGUCUAAUCGGCGCCUACGAAGCACGACUCCCCGAACCAUCUACCAAGCAAAUCAAGGCUCUGAAACAAAUCGUCACAGCAGGAUUCAUCGAUAACGUCGCUAUCCGCGCUGACAUGGCUCCCGUUCCACCGGAGAAUCCACGCGCUCCCCGCCGCGCCAUUGACGUCCCUUACCUGACCCUCUUCCGCUCGCGCGAUGGUCAUGCAGAUGAUAUCUCCGAGCGAGCCGUCUACAUCCAUCCCACCUCGAUGUUAGCGAAACUCACACCCAAAGAAAUGCCGCAGUAUAUCAUAUUCUCGCAUUUGCAGCAAUCUUCUGCAUCGCUGGUCUCGGAUCAAGUUCCUAAGAUUAGAAUGUUUCCCCUAGUCGUCCCGAGUGGGCCGCAACUUGCUGCUAUUGCGCAUGAUACGCCGCUUCUGCGGUAUGGAAAGCCUGUUGGUAAGACGCAGGUUUUGGAUGGUAUUCCUGUGCGUCGCUCUGCUUGGGUUGUGCCUUCGCUGGUUGGUGAUGCGGGUGGUACGGGUUGGCCUUUGCCUGCUAAGAAGGUUGUUCAGAUGAAGGAUCCUCGGGAGGGGUGGGUGAUUGAAAAGUUUGUUGCUUGA